AUGCCUCAGUGGUGCCCGCAAUGCAACAACAUCCUACUCCUCGGAGCAGGGUCUGAUGCGCUCAACAGACUCGAAUGUCGCACAUGUCCUUAUCAAUUUCCUAUUGGGAGCAAACAUCUCUUCGACAAACGUCUUAUGAAACAGAAAGAUGUAGAUGAUGUCCUUGGAGGUCAGGGUUCUUGGGACAAUGUUGACCAAACGGCAGCGCAAUGCCCCAAUGCAGACUGUGAGGGUGGCGGUCAAGGGGCCUAUUUCUUCCAAUUACAAAUUCGCUCGGCUGACGAGCCUAUGACCACAUUCUACAAGUGCGUAACGUGCGCGCAUCAGUGGCGAGAAAAUUGA